ACUUACUCACCGUACCAUAAAACGUCCACGAGGUUUUCAAGAUGGCGGCUGAAAAGGGGGAAAGAGAAUCCCGUAGACAAAAAAGAUCAGAAUCUUCGGUAGAAAAUCACAUAGACUAUGAUGAUGAGGAUGAACCAGACUUCAGUGAUCCAGAAGACUUUGUUGAUGAUAUUUCCGACGAAGAGCUUCUUGGAGAUUUAUUGAAGAAUAAGCCAAAGGAUACAGACAGUAUUGACAAUGUGAUAAUUGUUGAUAAUAUUCCAGUAGUUGGACAAGAACGUCUGCCAAAAUUACAGAAUGUUGUUAAAAAAAUUUAUGAAAAGUUUGGUAAAAUUGUCAAUGACUUCUAUCCUAUGGGACCAGAUGAGAAAACUAAAGGGUAUCUGUUCAUUGAAUACUCUAAUCCACAAAGUGCAGUGGAUGCUGUAAAGAGUACAAAUGGUUACAAGUUGGACAAGGCUCAUACUUUUGCUGUCAACCUUUUCUCUGAUUAUGACAAGUUUGAACAUGUACCCGAUGACUGGGAGCCUCCACAAGCCAAACCAUAUAAAGAUCUGGGAAAUCUUCGAUAUUGGCUACAAGAUCCAGAUUGUUUUGAUAAUUACAGUGUUAUAUACGAGGGUGGAGAAAAGACCGCCAUCUUUCAGAAUACAGUGCAUCUUAGUUCUGUAAGAGAACCAACUAAAGUGGAGGAGAGGGCGCGUUGGACAGAAACUUAUGUACGAUGGUCACCACAAGGUACAUAUUUGGCUACUCUUCAUCAGAAAGGUAUAGCUCUGUGGGGAGGGCCCAAGUUUGAUCAGAUUAUGAGAUUUAGUCAUCCUGGUGUACAGCUUAUAGAUUUCUCACCAUGUGAAAGGUUUUUGAUAACUUUUAGUCCUGUACAAGUAAAGUCAGAUGAACCUCAGAGUAUAGUUAUAUUUGAUAUAAGGACGGGACAGCGAAAACGAGGCUUCAAUUGUGAAACUCAUGCUCAGGCUACUUGGCCUAUAUUUAAAUGGAGUAAUGAUGGAAAAUUCUUUGCCAGAUUAGCACCAGAUACCCUUAGUGUAUAUGAAACAGCUACAUUUAGAUUGUUGGACAAUAAAAGCUUGAAAAUUGAUGGAAUACGAGAUUUUUCAUGGAGUCCGUCGGAUAAUUAUUUAGCUUACUGGGUACCUGAGCAAAAUAACAUCCCAGCUCGUGUAACUAUAAUCUCCAUGCCUGCACGUACAGAGAUGUGUGUACGUAAUUUGUUUAAUGUUGCGGACUGCCGUAUGCAUUGGCAGAAGAAUGGAGACUUCCUUUGUGUCAAAGUAGACAGGUACUCCAAGGCAAAGAAGGCAGAAGAUACAGGACAGUGGAAAUACAGUGGUAUUUACUUCAAUUUUGAGUUGUUCAGAAUUCGUGAGAAACAGAUCCCUGUUGACAAAGUGGAAUGUAAAGCAGAAAAUGUUUUGGCAUUUGCAUGGGAGCCGACAGGUAACAAGUUUGCCUUCAUUCAUGGAGAGAGUCCAAGGAUUAAUGUGUCCUUCUAUAUUGUCAGACCACAGGGGAAAGUUGACAGUCUAAAAACAUUUGAACGCCGUACAGCCAAUCAUUUGUUCUGGAGUCCCACUGGUCAAUUCAUUGUCCUAGCUGGUCUUCGAAAUAUGAAUGGUGUGCUAGAGUUUAUUGAUACAGCUGACAUGACAGUGAUGGCACAGACUGAGCACUUUAUGGCUACAGAUGUAGAAUGGGAUCCUACAGGAAGAUAUGUUAUUACUGGGGUCAGCUGGUGGGGACAUAAGGUUGACAAUGGAUACUGGUUAUGGUCUUUCCAAGGACGUCUGUUACAGAAACAACAGCUGGACAGGUUUUGUCAGUUACUAUGGAGACCAAGACCACCAACACUUCUACCCAUAGAAGAAAUUAAGGAGAUAAAGAAGAAUCUGAAGAAAUAUUCUCAAAGAUUUGAGGCCCAGGACAGGCUGAGACAGUCUACUGUAUCUACUGUAAGUAUAUAUAGAUAUCAUGAAUGUAUUGAUACUGACGAGCUGGACAAUCUGGCCGAGGAUGAAUAUGAUGAAGAAGUUGUUGAAUUCCUGCUUAAAGUUGAAGAAAUCAUCUUGGACGGGGAGUAG